AUGAGUCCCACAACAUAUCAAGCAAUAUGCCAUUGCGGCAAUGUUCGUUUGGAGGUCACUUUGGAAGAUGCCUUGUUUCCAGAGGGCAAGACGAAGGUGAACCGGUGCAAUUGCUCAAUCUGUACUAAGCAUGGAUAUCUACUCGUUUACCCGAAACGCAGUGAUGUGAAGUUUGUAGGGGAGGCCGAAGCCCGACUGAAAAGCUACUUCUUCGGACAGAAGCGCAAGCCGCAUCGGUUCUGCCCCGAGUGCAGCAGCAAUGUCUUGAUCGAUUUCGCCGACUCAGCUUUCGAGAAGGAAAGGCCGUUCCUGGCCGUGAAUGUAAGUCGGUCUUGA